AUGGCAAACGUUACUGGUCAAGUGGCUGUCGCCGACAUUCUCCUAGCCAACGAUUGGAACCUGGAGCGUACCAUCACUUUCAUGCAACAUUGGGUACCUACUUCCUAUAAGGUAGGGUAAAUAUUUUUUGGAUAUGGCUCGGAUAUAGUUUUUGUAACAAAAGUUUUAAAAAAUGUCAAAAACGCAUUUUUAGGCUAUUUUAAGAUAUUUUAAAAAUGGAAGAUGAAUGGAAGAUUUCCAGUGCCAAAUGCAUUUCAAAUCUUCCACUGAACUUUCACUUUUUAAAGUUGACUUUUAGGCCAAAUUUUUGACAUCUUUUUAUUUUUCAUAGAAUUUGAAGCAAUUUUUGUUUUCAUCAACAAUUUUUAUAUUAAAAAUAAAGUAAUAUUUUUAUAGAUCACCAUGGCCUAUCUCCUAGUAAUUUUUGCCGGCCAAAAAAUCAUGCGCAAAGUGCAAGCUUUCGACAACUGGAUGAUGGACCUCAUCCUAGCCCUAUGGAACCUCUCAUUCAGUAUCUUCUCCGGAAUCGCCGCCUACAAAUUGCUACCAGAACUCUUCCACAGUCUUCGUACUACCGGCUUUGUGGGCUCGUACUGUAACAAACUGGAUUACUACACCGACCCAACUACCGGCUACUGGGGAUGGAUGUUUGUGAUGAGCAAAGCCCCCGAACUCGGCGACACUUUGUUCUUGGUGCUUAGAAAACGACCAGUCAUUUUCAUGCACUGGUACCAUCACGCUCUGACCUUUGUCUACGCUCAAGUGACUUACAGUGAGACUCAGGCGUGGUGCAGAUGGUCGUUGGCUUUGAACUUGUUUGUUCAUACUGUCAUGUACUUGUAAGUUUUGAAGUUUGGUUGAGAAUAGGUUUUUGAGAAUGAAAGUUGAGUGAAAGAUUUGUAAUGUAUUUUGCACUAAAAAUUUUUAAAAGCAACGUAUUGUACUAUUCGAAAAUUGAUUGGAAUUUAAGAUGCUAAUUUUCAAAAUGUCAAAAGCUUUCUUCACAACUCAAAAAACCGCAUAAACUUUCCACCAAUUUAUUUUCUCAAUUUUCAGCUACUUCGCAGUCCGUGCCCUUCACAUAAAGACCCCAAGAUGGGUGGCCAAGUUCAUCACCACCAUUCAGAUCAUCCAAUUCGUCAUCUCCUGCUACAUCUUCUCCCACCUUGUCUACAUCAAGGCUUUCGACACGAUCCCAAGCUGCCAAGCCAGCUGGAACGUACUCGGCUUGGGCGGUUUGAUGUACUUGAGCUACUUGUACUUGUUCGCUCAGUUCUUCUACAACGCCUACAUUGCCAAGAAAGCGCCAAAGACCAAGAAGGUCGAGUAA